CACGACCGCUUGCAGGAGGUCAUCCGCCAGCGGAAGGACCGGUUGCGCCUGGCCGGGGUGCGCCAGGAGGCCGAGGCGUCUGGGCGGGGUCGAGCCGCGCAAGACGCAGGCGGACGAUCACCCCCAAAGGCACCAGCGGGCACGUCGCUUGCCAACCCAACGGCUGGCUCCCGGGCGGCGCGGCGGGCAGAAGAGAACGAGGCGUGCAUCGGCGGGCUCCGGGCGCCGUGGAAGGCCGUCAAGAAGCUCCCGAUGCUCGCGGAGACCGGUCGGAAGAUCGGGGCCUUCCUCGACGAGUUCUUGGACCAGCAUCCCGAUUUCCUCGACCUCCCCGACGGCGGCGAGCGCGCUCAGGAGCUGGUCCGGGAUCCGCGCCUUCGCGCGGCGCGGGAGGACUUGCGUCGCGCCCUCGGCGCGAAGGAGGCCAAGGCGCAUAAGCGGACGCCCUGGAAGCGGGACAUCGUCGAGGCGCACGUGGCUGCCUCGCAGGACCCGGAGGUGCACCUUGGAGAUUGGCUUCGGGACGGCGCCCCCAUCGGCGUGGCCAGACCGGUGCCGAGCUGCGGGAUCUUUCCCCAACUCGGCCCGGCCGCGAAGGAGCGCACGCAGGCGCAUGAGGUGCUAUCGUUGCUGGAGGCGCACGGCAACUACAAGAGCUGCGAGGAGGCCAGGGUGCACGCGGAGCCCGAGAUCGAGAGGAUCAUCAAGGAGGGUUUCGCGGUCAGGUUCAAGUCCUGGAAGCAGGUCGUCGGCACUUACGGCCCGGUUGCGGCGUCCAGGCUCGCUUGCAUCGUCAAGGACCGGAAGGACGGCACGAAGAAGGCCAGGAUCAUCAUCGACCUCCGCAGAUCGGGCGUCAACAGGUGCGUGCAGGUCGACGAGAGGAUUGUGCUUCCGCGCCCGAAGGACAUCCUCAGCAAUGCCAUGCACCUUCUGCGCCACGCCGCGGAGGACGAGGAGGUCGAGGCGAUGGCGUUGGAUUUCAAGGACGCCUUUCACACGCUGCCAGUCCAUGCAGACGAGCUCCCGUAUGGCGUGGCGAAGGUCUUCGACGGCGAGUACGUGGUGUUUCGUACGGUGGUCUUCGGCGGCGAGGCGAGCCCGCUGCUCUGGGGCCGCGCGGCGGCGUACGUCAUGCGCGGUGCGCAGUCGAUCUUCGAGCCGGAGCAUCUCCUGGGCGAGUGCUACGUCGACGACCCCCUGGUGCUCGCCGUCGGCACGGCCGAGACGCGGAGGCGGCGGUUCGCCAAGUUCCUCCUCUGGCCCAUCCUUCUGGGACUGCGGCUUUCUUGGGCCAAGGUCUCGCGGGGGAGGCGGGUCGAGUGGUGCGGCGUGGAAUACCGCCUCGUCUCGCGGUACGUCGUGCAGGCGGUGCUGGCGCAGGCUUUCGCGCAGGAGUUCAAGGCGGAGAUCGAGCAAGCGACGAGGCGGCCGCUCAUUACGCGGUCGGAGCUGCGGCGCAUCGCGGGGAGGGCGUCGUGGGCGACAGGUCUGGUGCCGACGAUGCGCUCUUUCAUCGACAGCCUGUGGGCCACGCUGGCCGACCUCAAUGCCGCGUCCAAGGGGGAUUCGGGGAUCCCCUGGAUCGGCAGGGACCCCCAGCCAGCUGCGCAGACCUCGCGCAUCAUUGUCGCGUUGGCGUGGUUGCAUGCCUUCCUCGAGGGCGUUGUCACGGGUGGUGAUCCUGGUCGGACGGUCGACGUCAGGGAGUGGUUCCGGCAGCCGUCCAUCGAGAUCGUCUGCGAUGCUUCCCCGUGGGGCCUGGGGGCGGUCCUAUGGGUCGACGGGGCCGCUCGCGCUUACCUUUUCGACGAGGUCGGCCCGGCGGACGUCGAGGAGCUGGGGGUCGAGAAGGGUUCGUGCAAGGCCCAGGCGGUCCUGGAAGCGCUGGCCAUUGCGGUCGCGGCGCGGACUUGGCUUCCCAGGUGGGCGCAGCACCGGACUGGCGUUCGAGUCAAGAGCGACUCCAUGGCGGCGCUCGGGGCCCUUGGUAAGAUGGCCAGUCCAACGCCCGCCAUCAACAAGAUCGCCAGGGAGAUCGCCCUCGACGUGGCGCAGAGUCGGUACGGCAUCGACGUGCUGGAGCACGUGCCGGGCGAGCUCAACGACGUCGCGGACGCACUGUCGAGGGCCUUCGAGCCGGGCGGGCGCUUCGCGCUCCCCGAGGUCUUGCGGCAGGCUGGGUGCACGCGGACUCCCGUGGCCGCGCGCGACGGGUCGUGGUGGCGCUCCAUGGCCCUCACGCGGACGGUGCUGGACAAGGCUGCUGGCGGGCGACGGCGAGCUAUCGGAGAUGCCUCCCCGCCUGGGCGCGACAAGGGCGCAGGCUCGUUGGAGCGGGGCCUCCCGCGAGUGAUCCGCGUCGUCAACGCUCCCGCCGACGCGCUGCACGAGGGGCCGAGGCGGGUCGACGGCGCGCAGGGGCGCCGCGGCCGCGAGGAGGAGGAGAGGAGUAGCGGCGGGGUACCGGAUGCUCUCUUGGGCCCGGGACCCGCGCCAGCCAGGCGAAGGUGGGAUGAGACGGCGGCAGCGGCGCCAGCCAAGCGUGCCUGCUUGGCAGGGGCGCUGCAGGUCAUCGGAUGUCCGCAGCGCUCCGCUGCCGCCGCCGCAGAGUUCAGGGAAGCCACCCUGGCGGUGACGACGAGGCCCGUGAUGGACAGCUACACGAAGGCCCUCGUCUCGCUGGCCAGGGCGGGCGGCUUCGAUUUGCUGCCGUUUACGCCAGAGAAGGCUUACAGGAUCGGCGGCGCGCUGCGUGCGGCCGGGUACAGGUCCACAGCGUGCUAUCUGGAGAGGUAUAAGCAGAUGCACGUCGAGGAGGACUACGAUUGGUCGGUCAGGCUGCACGGUGUGAUGAGAGGGUGCCGACGUGCGUCGAUCAGGGGCCUCGGGCCGCCGACGCACGCGGCGGUCUUCACCCUGGAGUCGUGGCUGGUGGCUGCCCAUGUGAAGCGAGCGCACGCCCAGGGCGGUCCGACCGAGCCCGGUCGCUUCAUCACUGUGGGCACUUGGUGGAUGCUGCGGGAGAUCGAGGUGGCCCUCCUCGCAAUCGAGCGCGUCCGCUUCCUGGAGGAGACGGACUCAGUUGCCGUGGACCUGGGCGUCGCGAGGAAGGAUAUCCAGGGCUGCGGAUGCACCCGGGUGCACUCGUGCAUCUGCCAGUGCAGGCCGGAGUGGCAAGCCAUCUGCCCAGUGUGCGUCGUCCGAGCCCAGCUCCAGAAGCGACGGGCUGACCAGGCGGAGCCUUGCGACCCAUUGUUCGCGGACGCCGCCGGCUACGCGGUCGUCAAGAGGGCCGCGGUCGCGACCAUGCGCGCGCUGCUUGUGCCAGAGGGCGCUGGACAGGUGAACGGCCACUCCUUGCGGCGCAUGGGCGCGCAGCUGCUCGCCGCGGCAGGCGUCGAGCAGUGGCUGGUCGAGUGGUUCGGCCGAUGGGGCUCCGACGCCGUCAAGCGCUACGUCGAGGACGCGCGGUCGCGGGCCCCGCAGGCACGGUCUCUGGCGCUUCGGGCGGCCCGAAGCGAUGCCAACGUGGAGCCGGGGCCUGCGACGAUGGCCGCGGCCGGGGCGCGCGAUGCCCCGCUGGCGCGCGAAGGGGAGGAGGAGCGCCAGGGCGGCGCAGCUGGCCCGAUCGGCCUCGAGGAGUUGUCGAGAGUGCCCCGCGAGCGGAGCUCGCUGUGCGGCUGGCAUUUCGGAGGUCUCCCACAGUCGGCCCUCACCUUCCACGAGGGGCGCGCUGACUUGCAUGACGCCUGCAGGAAGUGCGUCCGGCUCGCGGCCUCGCGUGGCUGGCCGGUGGACUGCGCUGCAGCCGGCGCCGGCGGCGAGCUCGCGAGCGACGCCGGCGCCCCGAUCCAGGCGCACUGA